AUGGACGAGCCCCUCGUUCUAGUCCUAGCACUUUUCCGUCACAUUACUUUGCUCUGCAGGGAUAGCCAGAAUAUCCAAACAGACCUAACGAAACUCGAAGAGUUCUCCAAAGGGAGAUAUACUACGGCUGUUUUCCAGGUGGAUUUGUAUAUGGCUUGGUCACGGUUACUACUUGACUUGGACAAAGGAAUAUCCCCUAUUUUGGCUGAAUUUGCCAAUCUGAAAGCUUUCCAGGCUCACAUCGGACAUUCUUCGAGUCAAGUGAAUGACUUGGCCAGCAUGGCUCUUUCUAUCAUGUGCCGUUUACCGCUCAAAAGGCUUACAGAGCUGUAUAUUGGCUUCGGGUUCAAUUUCACCCAUGAUGGCGACCCACCUGCUUCUACAAAGGCCAGCUCAGUACAGAUAGAUCCUAAACUUGGACUGGAAAAUCUAAAGCACCUGGGUCUGCGUGGUUCAGUGCGUAUCGAACAAGACGGUGCCGCGGAACUUUAUCCGCUUCUUCGAACCGCCGUCAAUCUUGAUUCUUUGCAACUGGAAGAUUGUGAUGUAGCGAAAUCGCUGGACAUCAACAGCAUAACUCGUCUCCAGUACCUGAGUCUUCGCUUGCUGGAUAUCGCCCACGAUGAUCUGCUUUGUAUGUUGAAAAAGUGCAAGGCGUCGCUCAUAUCCAUCCAUUUUGGCGCCGUGAGCAUAAAAUCUGGCUCGAUGCUACCUGUGCUUUUCCAGAUCAGUAGGGACCUCGAUUUACUCGAAUUUGAAUUCACAGACAGGCGUGGCUACCAAGGCCGACCGAUUAUCAACGCGCACCUUAAAUCACGAUACGUGCAGGAUGAAGCUGUUCUUUGCUACUACGCCUAUGGAUCACUGAUAUACAGCGUCGAGUAA